UAACAGCAGUCAUGUGACCACUAGAGCCGUAUUGUAAAUAGACCACAGGCGCCAUGCCUUCGUAACCUCUUUAAAAACUCCACGAAAGGUCACUUAUUCCCGUUCAGGGACUAAUUAUCACCCUUCAAGGAUUCUCCGCACCGUUCCGCUUCGUCCGGGCGGAAAGUGUUAAAAAAACAACAUGUACCGGACUCUGUACGCCUUUCGGUCAGCCGAGCCCAACUCGCUGCACUUCUCUGCCGGAGAAAGCUUCCUAAUCCUGGAGAGGAGCAACAAACACUGGUGGCUGGGCUCUCGGUGCAGCUCCGGUGAGACCGGCUAUGUCCCCUCCUCAUACAUCGAAAAAAUUCAGGCUCCAGAGCAGGAUGAAGUGUUGCAGUCCAUCGACAGAGCGAUGGAAGGCAUCCACAAUGUUGCCUUAAAGAACGGAGGCAAAUACAAUCUGGAACAGCGGGAUGUUCUACAAAAGUUGAUCCAUCACAGAAAGGAAACACUUGCACGGCGAAGCCUCUCAGAUCAUCCUCAAGGUCUCCCAGCUUCCAACAGUGAAAUAUCUCUGAGUCAGACUCCUCCCAAUGGCCUUAACCGAGACUAUGGAAGACAAGGAGGUGUGCCGCUGUCAGGGAGCAUGGACAGCAUGCACGCACAGCCGGGCUUUUAUCAGGUGCCCCCGCAGCCUCGACGUGCGGCUCCAAUAACGCCGCCCCCUCCUGAGAAGCAGCGGAACAGCCGUCGUGCAGAGCCGGACAUCCCCUCCAGGGUGUCUUCUCUCUCACCGUCCCCCGUCCCCUCCCUCACAAUCAGCACGACCUCAUUAGAGUCUGGCUCCUCACACUCCGCGCUGUCCUCUGACGUCAGCCUGCCAAGUGUCUCCAGUACCCCCCCGCCCCCAGUGCCAUCCCGCGUCAAGCCCGCCGCCUCUGCACCACCUCCAGACACCCCCUCCCAGUCCGUCCCGGUCAAGAAGAGCCCGGCUCCUCAACCUCCUCAGCUCACUGCAGAGGAGAAGCACCCGGAGAGCGAUUGGCCGAUGGCCCCCCCGUCCGUUGCAGAAAGCCCUUCUGGCAGUCCGGCCCCCCCCGAGCCAGUUCCCCCCACCAUCGGGGCUGAGCUGAUCGAGUUGGUGCGGAAGAACACUGGCUUGAGUUACGAUCUGUCGCGAGUGGCUGUCGGGGUGGUGGUGGGCCACCUGCAGACCACCCUGCCUGGCGCCUCCUCCGCCCUGGAGCGAGUUCUGGUGUCGCUGGUGGAGAACAAGGACUCCGGUGCAGUGUUGCCACGGGGUCAGGUGUGUCACGACGAGCAGCGGCUGGAGGUCAUCUUUGGCGACCUCACUCGCCACCGGGAUGACUCCCAGCAACGCAGCUGGGCGCUUCAUGAAGACCACGCCCUCAUCGCGUGCUACCUGGAGGAGCUCCUUAAGAUACUGACGGAUGCUGAUCCUGAGGUGUGUAAGAGGAUGUGCAAGGCCAGCCACUAUGAGAAUGUGCUCUCUCUCGUUUCCUACUAUCAGAUGGAGCUUCGUGUGACUUUGCGCCUGCUGCUGCUUAAAGUGUUUGGUGCAAUGUGCAGCCUGGAUGCUGCGCUCAUCUCCACACUCCUCAACUCCAUCCUCCCCAUGGAGCUGGCCAGAGACUUACAGACAGAUACACAAGAGCACCAGAAGAUGUGUUACACAGCUUUGGUGCUCAGCAUGAUCUUCUCAAUGGGUGAACAGGUGCCAUAUCAUCACUACGAACACUUGAACGCAGAGUUUGUUCAGUUCCUGCUGGAUGUGGUGGAAGACGGACAUCCCUCCGAUCCCACGGAGCAGCUGCCGGACAUCUUCCUCAACCUACUGCUGGCCUUCAACCUGCACCACACAGUGCCGAGCAACAACGUGAUCAUGCAGCAGCUGAAGAAGAAAAAUGUCAAGAUUCUGUCUGAGAAAGUCCUGCUGCUCCUCAAUAGAGGAGAUGACCCAGUAUGCAUGUUCAAACACAUGCCACCCGCCCCGCACUCGGUGCUGAAAUUCCUGCAGGACGUCUUCGCUAUUCGAGAGACGGCCAACAUCUUCUACCGCACGGACAUGAUGGUGAUGAUUGACAUCGCCGUGAGGCAGAUCUCUGAUCUUUCACCUGGAGAUAAACUGCGGAUGGAGUAUCUCUCCCUCAUGCACUCCAUCAUAGGCUCAACCGAUUACUUCGAGCACCAGCACCGGCUCUCCGACUUGCAGGGGGCGUUGCAGGGUAUUCUCAGGGAGGAAGACGACCCUGGCGAAGAUGAAGGGACUGCUACAGCGAAACAGAUGGAUAAGCUAAUUGUACAGCAGAUUUACAAAGAGUUCCUGCAGAUGAACCAAGUCUAACCAUAGCAGUAUCACACGCACGCUUAUACACUUACACAUUCACUUACACACAGUAGUCGAAUGCAGGGAGGCACAGUGUAGAAAAUAAUGCCCUUUUGGAUGCUGAGUGCCAUUCACUCAAAGUAUGCUGAUAGAUGCAAUUACUACUAAUGCCAGUGUUUCCUAGGACGCGUAGUCCACUGCUGCAGUAUGCAUGCGAUGUGGGGGAAUUCUUACAGAUUUGGCCAUUUCGAAUGAUGACUAUUAUUUUUGAAUGAUGUGUUGUGCUUGCUUGAGUGUUGAGAAAAUUCACAAAAUGUCAGUGAGGUUUAGUCUUAGCUGUAAUAUAGAAUCGGCCAAAACAAAAAGCUGUUUGACAGUGAUUUGUUUGCAAUAAUGAGCCCUAAUAGUUGCUUUUUUGUUACUUAAAGGUCCCAUAUCAUGCCAUUUUUUAUUUGUAAUAAGUAUCAGAGGUGCCACAAUUGUGUAUUGGGAUUGUGUUGUCUUAAAUCUAGCCUAAUUGCUAAGAUUCAGACAUUUAACAGUGCUGUGUGUGUGUAGCUUUAAUGCUAAUGAGCUAUGUUUAUCCAUGCCAACUCGCUUAGAAGUGCUAUACUGCUCUUUAUCCACUUUUGUCCAGCAUAGUAGAUACCAAACAUUACAUUCAAUGUAACAUUAAGGAGUGUGAAAGGAGGACACAAACAUUAGUAAUACUAACAUAGCUAUGUGAGCUACAUGCUAACAUUAUGCUCGCAUUUUAACAGCGAGGUCAUGCUAGGUUAUCAUAUUUGCCGUAGAAAAACAACAUAAUCAAAAAAUGUUGUUUGUAGCUGAUUGAUGGAUGGUUGGCAUUUUAAGAUGUGUAGCGAAGCCUCUUUUUUUUUUUUUUUUGCGGUCCUAAAUAGGAUCUAGUAUUUUGCAUAAUAUGGGACUUUGAAAGUAACAUAAAUUAACCAAAAAUGCACAUAACCUUUUGCAAUAGUGCCAUGUAAUGACUAUAAGAGUAAUGUGAGCCACUGAGAGCAUUAUUUUCCUUAAAGAAAUUAAUAUAUAUUCUUUUAAAACUGACUUUACCCUGCCUAAGGCAGGUCAUCCAAGUUUCUGACUGGACUAACUUGUAUCAUUCAUUAUUCCUGAAGUUUACAAUCAAGCAGAACCAGAUUAACAUGUUGGCGCAUAUCGUUAAGUUGUGUACUUACUCAUACAAAGCUCCUCAAGCAUCAGGGUCAUAUCUUAGGGGCCUGAAGUCCUUGUUUUUCCACAUUGCUGCUUUUAAACUCCAAUAGAGGUGUGUAGCUUCUGCUGACAUUCUGUUCUUAAUAUGUGAGCGAACACAGCUGUUAUCACCCACCGAAACUCAAGACAACAUUAUUAAAGGUUAAUAAUUUAACAUUUUUACAUGAUUUAUUCACAUUGUAUCAUAAUCAGUGGUGUUCUUUUAUUUUACAAGUUGACGUUAUCUUUUUUUGUGUCUGUGACAUGGUUACAUUAUUUUUAUAUUGUGGACAUAAUCCUGCAGUGAUAUCAGUGUUUUUAUUGUGUUCAAAAGUCAACCAUUUGUGAGUUUACAGCAAGGGUGAAAGAAGUGAAUGUCCUCUUCCUUGUUUACAUAAAACAUCAUUCAAGAGUAAAACUAAUAAAGUUAUUUUUAA